CAUUUGUGCCAACGUCACUUCCUGAAUAACGUAUACUGUUAGAGAUGGCGGCGACCUUGUGUCGAAUAUUACUACCGAAACAGGGAUGGCUUCCCUUCACACAGUGUGUUCGGCACGGCUCCAAAGCUGUGACUCGACACAAGAGGCCGUUGCACUUUCUCAAACAGAAGCUGAUGUCAGUUACACGGUACAUUCCACCCCCACGACCCGCUCCUCCUGGAGCUUAUCCACGACAAACCAUCAGAGACCAGGAGGAUGACCCUUUCACGAUACUCGUUAAGAAGAAAAUGAAGAGCGUGUUCCAGGAAUCAAAGAUGAUCGCUGUGGUCCAGAACAGCGGCAGUACUGCUGACGAAAUGAUACUUCUCAAGUACAAACUUCAUAAACAUGGCAUCACAGUGAAAUUUUUCCCCAACCAGGUGGUGCGUUCGUUCCUGAAAGACAGCACUUACUCCAACAUGGCUCCUCUCUUCAUUGGUCACACGGUUCUGUUCAUUAGUAAAGAGCCGAAGGUGAAGGAGAUGCUGUCGUCUCUGAGGACCAGCCGACAUAUGCUACUCCUGGGAGCCUGUAUAGACAACACGCUGCUGAGUGCACAGGGGGUCGUGAGCUACUCCAAGCUGCCCUCGGUGGCUGUGGUCCACGGGGAGCUGGUCAGUGGGCUGACCCUGCUGACCUCCCAGACAGCCGCCAUGCUGCAGCACCACCCGGCCCAGCUCUCUGCUCUCCUGCAGCAGCACGUCAAACAGCAGAGCUCCGAGGGAGCCCCUAAAGCCCAGGAGGCCACGUAGAGCUGGAGAGGAAACAAUGGGAAUGUUGCAGAUUUCCAACUGCUUGAAAUUACAAGGGAACGUCGGCUUGGAUGCAUAUUUUGCAAUUUAUUGUAAUUAAGCACCAAAGAACAAGGCAGAUUUUUAAGAUUACUCCACAAAGAACAAGUUGUUGGUUUACUCAAUCUCAGAGCAUGGUGUUAAAUUCAACUAAUUCAAACAAUGUGCAUCCACCAAUAGGAGCACUGUGGCUGCUGUGAAAAAGCUGCUUUCCGUGCUUCUCAACCUAUCAGAGGAAGUCUUGGACGGACAGAGCUGAAAAAUGCAAUUCCUUAGUUCAAGGAUAUUGUCACACAUAAAUAAACGAUGUAAACAUAA